AAAUCUCUAUCAACAAUGACAAGUUUGCACAAAACCCUCUUCACACAAAAUCCCACUACUUUAGACCAAUUGAUGAUGUCCCAUACGGGAAGAGAUUGUUCAUGGAAAAAACUAGAGAACAUAGAAGAAGAAGGUCCAGCCACGGUGGCGCGUGAAGUGAAGACGGCUUUACCACCGGAGACGCCGACGGAGACGAUGGAGUUUCUAGGGAGAUCAUGGAGCAUUUCUGCCGUCGAACUCACAAGAGCGUUCUUCAACAAUUCUGCUGCCGACACUAACUCAUUUCUUCUCUCUACUCUUGUUAAUACCAAUAAAGAAGAUAGAGAAGACGAAGAUGAUUCUACUUCCAUGGCUUCUUCUCGUGAUCUUCUGCUGCCACAUAUAGGAAACAAGACUAGCCCUCCAAUUUCUCCAAGAACCGGCAAAGAAAUGAAGCAUUUGUAUAAGAGCAUGAUAAAAGGAAGAACCAUGGGAAGAAGACUAAAGGAUCAGAAGGAGAAGAAGAAACAAGAGACUCGAACUCGCAACGCUGAGAUUCACGCCGCGGUCUCUGUCGCAAGUGUAGCUGCGGUUGUAGCCGCAACUGCAGCAUCUAACGCAAUCGCAUCCUCAGAAAAUGCUGGUGAAUCAACAAAAGUUGCGGUUGCAGUCGCGUCUGCAGCCGCUCUCAUCGCUUCGCAUUGCAUUGAAAUGGCGGGAGAGAUAGGAGCGGGCUAUAACCAGAUAGAGACGGCCGUUAGCUCUGCGACCAACGCUAAGACUAACGGAGACAUCAUGGCUUUAACGGCAAGUGCUGCAACAGCGUUGCGAGGAGCUGCGAUUCUAAGGUCAAGAAUGGAAAGGAAUAAGGAGAACAAAGCAUUGGUAUAUUCAACAAAGGAGAACGUGGAAAGGGAAGAGAGAAAUGUAUUUGGAGCGAUGACUUUCGUCUCUAGAGGAGAAGAGCUUCUCAAACGCACCCGCAAAGGGGAUCUUCAUUGGAAGCAAGUAUCUUUUAACAUCAAUUCAAAUUGGCAAGUGGUACUUAAAAUGAAGAGCAAACAUGUGGGUGGAACUUUCACAAAGACGAAGAAAUGUGUUGUCAAUGGAGUGUGCCGGGACAUACCUGAAUGGACGCAUAGAGGAAGAGUAGAAAAUAUGGUCGAGAGAAGAGCCUACUUUGGGGUAAAAACCGUGGAAAGGGUUAUUGAAUUCGAAUGUGUAAACAAAAGAGAGAAGCAGAUGUGGAUAGAAGGGAUUCAGCAGCUUCUUAACUCACUUGAAACCGGUUCUUUAGUGUACACUGGAAACAUUUAGGGUUUGAGUCAAAAAGACUCAUUCAUGCUUGAAUUACAUCAUGUGAUGAAGAUUGAACUUGUGUGUUGAGGAAAGUAUCCUUGUGUCCGCUGUGAUUUUGACAUCUGUUGUUUCUUGUGUAUCAAGUUACUUGUUAAGAA